GGGUAAACUGAAAUUAAUUUUCUCAACAUUUGCCGUGCACAGUUGGCAGUCGGCGGCAGGUGAGAAUCACCGAGUUGUGGCUGAGGUGUGAGCGUUGAAACCCAAAAUAUUUCCCAAGAGGAUAAAGUGCGGCUCGUUUCCUCGUCGCCAGCCACUGCGAGCGACGGGGCACAAAUUAACACCGCACGCAACGGCGGCGCCAUGACCACUCUCACCGACCUCUGGUCUUUCUCUUCUAAUCCCGCCAAACUUCUUCCUCUCACAAAUGCUCGCCGAUUGCACUCAACCUCUGUCAACCUUCAAACCAAAACCAGAGAGUACUGCACUCGCCGGAGACUCCAAUUCCAAUGCUCGAUCGCCGAGGAGUCCACAGUCUCUCCCUCCAGGCUCGCCGGGGACGGCGUCCGGGACAGUCAGCCCCCGGCGGACUGCGUGAUCGUCGGCGCUGGAAUUAGCGGCCUCUCGAUCGCGCACGCCCUGGCCACCAAGCACUGCGAUGUUGCCGGGGAUGUGAUCGUGACGGAGGCUAGGGAUCGCGUCGGAGGCAACAUUACGACGGUGGAGAAGGACGGGUAUCUCUGGGAGGAAGGUCCCAACAGCUUCCAGCCGUCCGAUUCUAUGCUCACCAUGGCGGUUGAUAGUGGUUUGAAGGAUGAUCUAGUGUUGGGGGAUCCUAAUGCUCCUCGAUUUGUACUAUGGGGUGGAAAGUUGAGGCCGAUCCCUUCUAAGCCAACUGAUUUACCCUUCUUUGAUUUGAUGAGCUUUUAUGGGAAACUCAGAGCUAGCCUUGGUGUUAUUGGCAUCCGGCCACCUCCACCAGGUCAUGAGGAAUCAAUUGAAGAGUUUGUCCGUCGUAAUCUUGGUGAUGAAGUGUUUGAACGCUUGAUAGAACCAUUUUGUUCAGGUGUUUAUGCAGGUGAUCCUUCCAAACUGAGCAUGAAAGCAGCAUUUGGAAAAGUUUGGAAUCUAGAACAAAAUGGCGGUAGUAUCAUUGGUGGCACCUUCAAAGCAAUCCGGGAGAAAAGUAGUAGUCCUAAGGCUCCUCGAGACCCGCGAUUACCGAAACCAAAGGGCCAAACUGUUGGAUCUUUUACUAAGGGACUUACCAUGUUGCCGGAAGCAAUUUCUGCAAGGUUGGGUGGCAAAGUAAAAUUAUCUUGGAAGCUCUCUAGUAUCACUAAAUUGGAUAAUGGAGGGUAUAAUUUGACAUACGAAACACCAGAAGGAUUAAUUUCUCUACAGAGUAAAAGUGUCAUAAUGACUGUUCCAUCCCAUGUUGCCAGCAGACUGUUGCGCCCACUUUCUGGGCCUGCUGCAGAUGCACUAUCAAAAUUUUAUUACCCACCAGUUGCGGUAGUGUCAAUUUCAUAUCCAGAAGAAGCAAUUCGGAGAGAGUGCUUGAUAGAUGGUGAACUUAAGGGGUUUGGUCAGUUGCAUCCACGCAGCCAGGGCGUGGAAACUUUAGGAACUAUUUACAGUUCAUCACUUUUUCCAAACCGAGCACCACCUGGAAGGGUUCUGCUGUUGAACUUCAUUGGAGGGGCUACAAAUCCUGGAAUUUUGUCCAAGACAGAGAGCCAGCUUGUUGAAGCAGUUGACAGAGAUUUGAGAAAGAUGCUUAUAAAUCCUAAUGCAAAAGAUCCCUUUAUUUUGGGGGUGAAAGUGUGGCCUGAAGCCAUACCACAGUUCAUGAUUGGUCAUUUCGAUAUCUUAGACGCUGCAACGGCCGCUCUUCGGGAUGGUGGAUUCCAAGGGUUGUUUCUUGGGGGCAACUAUGUGUCUGGCGUGGCCUUGGGCCGAUGCGUGGAGGGUGCUUAUGAGGUUGCAGCCAAAACUGCUGCUUUUCUGUCCCAGUAUGUGUGCAAAUAGUGUCAACAUUUUUUUUUUUGGCUUUCUAGCAAUUUUGGAUUAUGCAUUCGUUGAAAUGCAACUGAUGGGGGGUUUCUUCUGCUUUCCCAUGAAAAUUUGGGUAGUCUAAUUUGUGAACAGAGUGCGUUUGUUGUUUUGGGCUUUCUGUUAUAAUCUUAUUUCAUGAGUAAGAAAUAGUUCAUUUGUGCUGUGGUUUGACGGAAA